CGGGGCCGGCGGUGCCCGGCGGGAAGGAGUCGCGGCGGCGGCGGCAGCGCGGCGGGAGGAGGGCAGGGCUCGCCCCGCGGCAGCCCGGCGCGAUGGACAAGUACGAUGAUCUGGGGCUGGAAGCCAGCAAGUUCAUUGAAGACCUCAACAUGUACGAGGCCUCCAGGGACGGACUCUUUAGGGUGGACAAAGGUGCCGGCAACAACCCCGAGUUUGAGGAGACCAGGAGGGUCUUCGCCACUAAGAUGGCCAAGAUCCACCUCCAGCAGCAGCAGCAGCAGCAGGAGGAGAUGCUCAUGGCCGCCCUAAAUGGAGGGGCUGCCUUCAGUGCGCCCCGGCCCGGCCCUGCCAAGCCGCCCCCCGCCUGCCUGGCCUCAAGGCCGCACGAAGGGGAGCGUGGCUCUGGAGAGAGCGGGACGCGCGCCGAAGCGCCGGCGAGCCAGGCCAGGUGCCAGAGCUGGGAUUCGGAGCCCGACAGGAUCCCCCUGGCUGGGGCCUCCCGCGGGGAGCAGCAGGCCUGGAGCUCCUGUGACCCCCAGGCUUGCCGUGCUGAGCGGGACAAUGGCAGCGAAGGCAAGAGGAGCGGUCGAGACCCUACACCAGCUGGACAGAGGUUCUCAUCCUUCUCCCAGGCCCGCACCACCCCGGCACCUUCAGCGGGGCCAGAGAAGGGGACACUGGGGACCCAGCAAAGAUCUUCUUCCUUCUCAGCUCCCUCGCUGCAGCCUGCCUGUGGGGGCUCAGGCCCCACUGAGCCCUGCAGGCCCAGGGCUGAAGGAGAGGGCAACCAGCUGUGGUACCAGGGCGUUCCACCGUCCUUCUCCACCAGCUCCAAGCCCUCAGCCCCGACCGUGGACUACCAGCACACCACUGCCUAUCCCAGCCCUGCCGGCCACUUCGUGGCCCAUGGUCAAAGCCACCGACCCAACGGCCCCGAAUCGGGCUCCUCACCCCCGGCUUCGUGCGGGCUGGCAGCCCCAGGUCCUCCGCAGCCGCUUUUCCGGGAAGGUGCGAGCGGCCCGUGGUCGGGUGCCAGGCACCUCGAGGGCUCCAGCACAGCGAACACAGCGAAAGUAAAGCUGCCCUGCCAGACCCUUCUUCCACAGCCCGAGCAGGGGCCGUCAGCAGCCGAGCUGAAGCUGGAGGCACUGACUCAGCGCCUGGAGCAGGAGAUGGAUGCUCGGCCAAAGGCCGAUUACUUCGGUACCUGCGUGAAGUGCAGCAAGGGAGUGUAUGGAGCAAACCAGGCUUGCCAGGCCAUGGGCAACCUCUACCACGAUGGCUGCUUCACCUGUGGAGCCUGCAGUAGAAAGCUGAGAGGAAAAGCUUUUUAUUUUGUCAAUGGCAAGGUGUUCUGUGAAGAGGACUUCCUGUACUCUGGUUUCCAGCAGUCAGCUGACAGGUGUUUCGUGUGUGGCCAUCUGAUAAUGGACAUGAUCCUGCAGGCUCUAGGGAAAUCCUAUCACCCGGGCUGCUUCCGCUGCGUGGUCUGCAACGAGUGCCUGGACGGAGUGCCCUUCACUGUGGACUCUGAGAACAAGAUCUACUGCGUCAGGGACUACCACAAGGUCUUAGCUCCCAAGUGUGCAGCCUGUGGACUUCCCAUUCUGCCCUCCGAGGGCUCUGAUGAGACCAUUCGGGUUGUGUCCAUGGACAAGGACUACCACGUGGAAUGCUAUCGCUGUGAGGACUGCGGGAUGGAGCUGAACGACGAGGACGGGCACCGCUGCUACCCGCUGGAUGAACACCUGCUGUGCCACUCUUGUCACCUGAAGCACAUCGAGAACGGCUCGGCCCCAGCAGCUGCAUACCAGCACCACUACUAGCCAGGGUGACUGACAGAAAGCCGGGGCAGGAGACCUGUUACAUGACCUCCCUCUCCCCACCCUCGGCUGAUUUCCUGUGCAUGUUUUGCUCCACUCAGCAGUGUUCCUGUCGAAGGAUAUGAGGGAUUUUUGCUGGAUUCCCAGAGUUUGUGUGUUGCAAGCUCCAGCUGUAGCCAGCCUUGUCCACUUGACCAAGGCUGUGGCAUACCAUCUGAACCCAUCAGUUUACUCUUAGGUGCCUUUUUCUGCUGUCUGGAGAUUUCUCUUGGCUCCCUUGGGAGGAUUCUUCAGUGCAAGCACAAUUUGCUGUCGUGCCUUUGAACUCAGGCUGUGCAGUGCACAAUCAGAAAGCCAGAGGCUGCCUUGCCUGCCUGCCUGCCUGCUGGGGAAAUCCUGUCAGUCUGUUAAGCACAUUUCAUCACGUUCCCUGAAGGAUCUCAAUCUAUUGAUGCCAUUUUUUAGACACUCUCUUUUUAUUAAUUCUUUAGGAAAAGCAAAGAAGAGGUCUGUGGAAAAUGGCACAAUCAGACCUUCCAUCCAAGGCCCUGACUCAGCUGUCAAGCCUGGCUGUGAAAGCCCCAACUCUCCAAGCACAAAGCAGGCAGGCUGGCAGCUGGACCCCAACACCCCGCUUCAACACAGAGCAAACAACUGGAACAAGCUGGGCAAAGCAGCCAGCAUGACUUGGGGCCCAAGCUUGUGGGGUGACACACAGAGCCCCAGACUGCUGUGUCAGAGCCUGAGCAGCAGCUCGUAGCUGAAAAGGGAAGGUUCAGAUGCUGAAAGUGUGGACACAAGAGAAAUUCAUCCCUAGCCUCACCUGCAGAGCUCACUUUGGAGAAAAGCUCUCCUCACACAGACAUUUGCCUGAGCUUUCCUCUUUGUCCCCACAGCUCCACUGCCCAUCCUGGCCACUCCUUCCCCUCCUGUUUACCCAGCACAAAGCCAUUUCAUAAUGGUGCUUGUUUAGAGCUCUGGCAACAAACUCGAGAUCCUCAUGAAGACUUUGUUCUGUGGGGCUUUAGAGCCCAGCUCCACAACCUGUGCUCAGAUGAGUGUGUUGGUGGGAACAGAUUUGCUCCCAGGAGUCGCAACAGCUUAGAAGGGGUUAGAGAGUUCAGCACUCACAUCCUGUUC